AUGUCAGACACCCCUACGCACGGAUCUCCAUCGGUCAGCACGCCAGCCUCACUCGCAAUCGAUUCGGAGCUGGGUCAUCAUUCUGAAAGCACCACCCCAAACGAUGAUGUGCCCGAGGCUGUCACUACAUCACCCAAGCAUAUCGACGAUCUUGAGUCUGCCCAACGGCAGAAUGCACUCAGCGACGACGUUCACAACACUUCCGAAAAGCCUAUGCUUGUCGGCUGGGAGGGAGUCGACGACCCCAAACACCCGCACAACUGGUCAGUGGCGCGACGUGUCUACCUCACCUUCUUGGCCUGCGUCGUGGUUCUCGCAUCCACCUUUACCUCGUCGAUCUCAUCCGGGGUCUCGCAGAGUCUCAUGGCCCACUAUGGCUUCGGCAAAGAAGUCUCGGCGCUCACCAUCUCGGUUUUUGUCGCCGGCUACAUCUUGGGUCCGUGGCUGUGGGGCCCGCUCUCGGAACGCAUUGGACGUCGCAGGGUAUUUACCGCCUCGCUGCUCAUCUACACGUGCUGGAACGUAGGUUGUGCGCUGGCGCCCAACACUGGCGCGUUGCUUGUGCUGCGCUUCCUCGCAGGCACAGCAGCAGCCGCACCGCUGAGCAACUCGGGCGGUCUCAUCGCUGAUUUGUGGAAGACGCGCGUGCGAGGCAUCGCCACCGGCCUGUACGCCUGCGCUCCGUUCACGGGACCUGCCCUCGGUCCUAUCGUCAGCGGCUUCAUACAGAACUCGGGAACGAGCUUUCGAUGGGCGUUUUGGGUGUGCGCCAUCUUUUCGGGCGUCUGUUGGCUGAUGGUGGUGCUGACGCUGCCAGAGACGUUUGCACCCGUGCUACUCAAGCGCAAGGCGGAGAAACUGCGGCAGCAGACGGGCGACACGCGCUAUCGUGCGCCUCUGGAGCAGGUCAAGCUGACGCCGUCGACCCUGAUGCGCACCGUGCUGCUCAAGCCACUCAUCAUGUCGAUACAAGAACCCAUGCUGCUCGCAUCGAUCCUAUUCAUGUCGUUCCUGUACGGCGUCGUAUAUCUGCUCUUCGAAGCGCUACCGAUUGUGUUUGGCGAAGGCUACGGCUUUAGUGCAGGCAUUGUCGGUCUCAUGUUCAUCCCUUUUGCCAUCGGCGCAUUUGGAGGCGUGCUCUUCUACAUUGCCGUCUUCUUCCCGCGCUACUCGCGCAUCGUCGAUCGCGCUUCAGACGGCAAGGUGAACCCGGAGGAGCGUUUGCCAAUGGCCAUGCUGGGCGCACCCGUGCUCACCAUUGGCUUCUUCUGGUUUGCUUGGACCAGCGAUCCCAGCAUCAACUUCUGGGCACCCAUGCUCUCGACCGCUCUCCUCGGAUUCGGCAUCUUUUUCGUCUUCCAGGGUCUUUUCAACUUUAUCAUCGAUGCAUAUACAGUCAACGCUGCCUCGGCGCUGGCAGCUGGCGUCAUUGUACGCAGCUGCUUUGGAGCGGCGUUUCCACUAUUUUCGCACGCACUCUAUUCGAGACUGGGUACAAAAUGGGGUUCUAGCUUGCUCGGGUUUUUGGCGUUAGCCAUGACUCCGAUCCCAUUUUUGUUAUAUCACUCCGGACCUCGGCUCAGAGCCAUGUCACGUAGCGCCAAGUAG